GGGGUCCUUGAUGCCCCUUGUUUCGAAUCCUGCAAAUAAAGAAAAGGGAGCUGUUGGACACCUGUGGCUCAGCGAAACUUCCAUGUCAACAUGUAUCAGCCUCUAUUGCUUGCUUCUCUUCUGUCCUCAGUCCUCGGGGCACCAUCAAAUUAUUGUCCGCUCCUGGGACCCGUGUUCCCACCCGCACGAGCAAUCUCCACGAGCAGCGCAUUCCUUUCCGCGAAGAACAACAUCUCUGCCGCCCUUGACUCGGCUAUAGCGGGAACCUCGCCCCUCAAUAGUGUCUAUAACCCCAACACCACAUCGUUUGCGAUCCAGGUCUUUUCGAAAUAUGACGCUGAGCCUUUGUUCGAGUCGUACUAUACCGCUCCGAACGUUAACGCGUCGGUCGGUGUGCAGACAGUGGAUGAGAAUACCGUGUUCCGCAUCGGGAGUGGCUCCAAGGUCUGGACGGUCCUAUUGAUGCUCAUCGAACGCGGUGAUGCCGUGUUCCGUGAGCCAGUCGCCAAGUAUGUCCCAGAGAUUCGAGCAUGGAGCAAUAGGCCUCACGGGAAUGAGAUUGAUUCUGUGCGCUGGAACGAGGUGACAAUCGGGGAGCUGGCGAGCCAUCUAGCUGGGAUACCACGAGAUUAUGGCUUCGUUGAUCUUGUCUUUCUCUUGGCCGAUCCGAAUGCUUUGGGGCUUCCUUCGCUUUCGAGCGCCGAGAUGCCUCCGUGUGGUGCACCAGGCAUGCCUUGUGAUCGUCGCCAAUUCUUCAACGGCUUCUUGAAGAGACACCCUGUCGUCCCCACUGCGUCCAUCCCGAUCUAUUCCAACGCAGCAUUCCAGAUCCUCGCAUACGCACUGGAAGCCAUGACCGGUCAAAGCUACCAGACGCUCCUGACCCGGGAUAUGAUCCGCCCGCUUAACCUCACUCGUUCGAGUUACAGCAAGCCUGCGGACAGAUAUGGGGUCAUUCCAGGUGAUGUGGAGACGACAUGGUGGGCUCACUCACUCGGCGACGAGACACCUGCCGGGGGCAUUUACUCAUCGGCCAAGGACACGGCCGCUGUCGGCCGUGCCAUUCUUGACCAUCAAUUGCUUUCCGGGCCCCUCACCCGGCGCUGGUUGAAACCAGCUAGUCACACUGCCUCACUAGAUUUGGCCGUUGGGGCUCCUUGGGAGAUCUACUCAUUUCCUUCUUCGCGGGUGGUCGAUGUCUACGCCAAAGCCGGCGAUCUGGGAGCGUACUCGUCCAUGUUGGCUCUGUCUCCAGACCACAACGUCGGCUUCACUAUCCUAGUAGCAGGCACGAAUACUCAUUGGAUGACGGCCUAUUUUUCCGAUCUCCUUGCGAACUCGCUGCUUCCGGCGCUAGACGAGGCGGCGAAAGAGGAGGCCAUUCCAAGAUUUGUGGGAUCCUACGCUGCGAGCAAUUCCACAUCCUCACUGACCAUCAUCACGGAUGACGGCCCCGGCUUGAAAGUUGAUUCAUGGGUUAGUAAUGGGGUGAAUAUGUUUGACACGUUUGCGUUGCUUUUCGGUACGUCGGUUGCGGAAGUCAGCGUGCGGCUGUAUCCGACAGGACCGAAAGCGCCAGGGCGCGUGUCCUUCCGGGCGGUCUUUCACGACUUGAGUCUUUUAGUCAAUGGGAUCGGGCCAUUCAGUCGAACCUGCCCGUCUUGGUUCCUUGAGGAUGCAUUUGUGUAUGGAGCUGUUGGAUUAGAUGAGUUCGUGUUUGAUGUGGAUAGACAAAGUCGGGCAGUUGCGGUCGAGGCGAGAGGUUUGAGAAUGAUCUUGAGGAAUUAGACCGGGAAUGACACCGCAGAUUGUUGGAUUAUGGUUGUGAGUCUGUUCACGUGUUCCGCCUUGUAGACGCAGCAUAUGCAUGGGAGCAAUAGA